AUGAAGGUUUUGAAACAGUGUCACCACGCCAACUUGACCAAGGCACGCCAGGCAGGGGAACCUGUCCAGUUGGAUGUCUACUAUGAAAGUCUGUGUCCCGACUGCAUACUGUAUCUCACGCGGGUGCUGUACCCCACAUGGGUGUUGCUACAGGACAUCCUUUCUGUCCACCUGGUUCCCUUUGGCAAUGCACAGGAAUCAUCCAGUGGUAGCAAGUAUGUAUUUAAGUGCCAACAUGGAGAACAGGAGUGCCUUGGCAAUAUGAUUCAGACGUGUUUGUUGAACAUGAGCGACAAUGCCUUCCUCAUUAUCUUCUGCAUGGAGGCCUCCACUGAUGUUAUUGCAUCUGCUAAGAGUUGUGUUAAUCUUUACAGUCCUCAACUGAGCUGGGAUCGCCUCAUGAGCUGUGUGGAUGGAGACGUCGGAAACCAGCUGAUGCAUCAGAACGCCUUGAGGACCAAUGCUUUGGAUCCUCCGCAUACGUUUGUACCCUGGGUGACCAUUAAUGGGGUGCACACAGAUGACCUGCAGAAGAAAGCCACAACUUCUCUCUUCCCGUUUAUCUGCAGCAUGUACAAGGGCAUCAAGCCCGUGGUCUGUGGAGAGACAGAAGCAUCUACCGGCGGCUCUUUACAAUAA